AGUCACCCUCAUUCUGUAAAGACUAUCUUUACGGUAAUUGUUUUUUAUUGCUGAUUCUUUUGAUAAGUGCAGAAUAUCUUGACCUAAAUCUUUCAUUAGUGUGGAAACUGUUUGAAGUUGUAUGAGGUAGUGCUCAAGGGAACUGAUUUAUACUUGGCUGAUUUAGCAGCAAGAGGCCAAAAACGUUUGUUAGAAUAUAUUAGAAAAAUCGUAACCAGUUCAGUUCACUUUAAGUCAGCACAGCCAUCUACAGACAUACUUUAAGAGACUCAUUCAGUUCAUCACUUGGCAAUGGGAUCAGAAAAAGACUCUGGAUCACCCCAUUCUUCUGUUAGCGGCAUACCCAAUCCCAAAUGUCGAGGCAAAAAGCAGAGCAGGAUCUCCUUCUCCAGCCUUUUCCACAGCAAACGUGGUUCCAAGAAGAAUAAAGCCAGUGUUGGUACACCUUUAGCACAGCAGCAUAACCAGCAGCAGCAGCAGCAGCAGCAGCUGCAGCUCCUUCAGCCCCCUUCUCCUACAGCUGCUUCACCAGAGCCUGCUAAUGCUGACUCGGCCGAGCCUCUAUCCUCCAGCGAGGCCUCGCUGGGUGGACAGGAGCUUCUCGAGUGCCCACUGUGCCUGGUGUGCCAGCCGCGGGAUCAGCUCACAGAGCUGCUGGGGUGCAGUCACCGCUCCUGCCUGUGCUGUCUGCGACAGUAUUUGCGCAUCGAGAUCACGGAGAGCCGUGUCCAGCUCAGCUGCCCAGAGUGUGCCGAGAGGCUGGCGCCCAGGCAGGUGGCUCUCAUUCUGGAUGAUGCUGCAUUGCUGGAGAAAUAUGAGGAGUUUCUGUUGAGGCGCUGCCUCGCCUCAGACCCUGACUGUCGCUGGUGCCCAGCUCCAGAUUGUGGGUUUGCGCUGAUUGCCUCAGGUUGUGCCAGCUGCCCCAGACUGGUAUGUCAUAGGGAAGGGUGCGGAGCGGAGUUCUGUUACCACUGCAAGCAAGCCUGGCAUCCCAACCAGACGUGUGACUCGGCUAGGCAGCAAAGAGCACUCUCGUUGAGAACGCACAGCACCCAUUCACCCAGUUACACAGCCGAGCAGGGACCUACUGACGACAUCAAGCCCUGUCCCCGAUGUGGUGCCUACAUCAUCAAGAUGAAUGAUGGUAGCUGUAAUCACAUGACCUGCGCUGUGUGUGGUUGUGAGUUCUGCUGGCUGUGUAUGAAGGAGAUCUCUGACCUGCACUACCUCAGUCCAUCAGGUUGCACAUUCUGGGGAAAAAAGCCAUGGAGUCCAAAGAAGAAGAUACUGUGGCAGCUGGGCACUCUGAUCGGAGCCCCGGUGGGCAUCACUCUGAUUGCUGGCAUUGCUGUGCCUGCCAUGGUCAUCGGAAUACCUGUUUACGUAGGACGUAAGAUUUAUGCCUACUAUGAGGUAAUGAAGGCAUCUAAGCACAAGAGAAACCUGGCUGUUACGGGUGGUGUGGCCCUGUCAAUCAUCUCAGCUCCGGUCAUUGCUGCUGUCAGUGUUGGUAUUGGUGUACCAAUCAUGUUGGCAUAUGUGUAUGGCGUGGUGCCAAUAUCUCUGUGUCGUGGUGGGGGUUGCGGAGUCAGCAGAGGGAAGGGGCGAGGUGUCAGGAUUGACUUUGAUGAAGACGAGGGGCCUAUCACAGUUGCUGAUGCGUGGCGAGCACUGAAGUCCCCCAGUCUUGGUGAGAGCAGCCUGGAGGGAGCAGCUAGUGGCCUAAGCACGACCUCACCAAGUGAGGGUUUAUCAGUUGCCCCCGGGGGCCUCAGUGACACCCCCAACUUCAACACACUAGCAGGAGGUGCUUUGGGAGCAUGCACGGGCAAAUUCAGCAGGAUGGACGUUCAAGGUGGAGAGAUGGGAAAAGAUGGCGUUCGCAGAGAGACAGGGAGCUUGGGAGCAGCCAGUGAUUGCGCAAGCACUCGAGGCAUGGCAGGAUCCAUUACCUCCUCCUACACCAUCCCAGAUAGGGAAGGCACAAACAUGGAGAUUCAGGUGGACAUAGAAACCAAACCCAGCCAUCUGUGUUUAACCAGUGAGGAGGAUCUGGCUCCCCAUGCCUGUGCCAUGGCACCCUGCUCUGCGGAAGAACCCCAGGACUGCAGCUCUCGGCAGGGCAGAGUUUUAUCCCGCUCGUCACUAGGACUGGCGUCAGGAGGUUCGCUCAGGGAGGGGCUUGGUGAUGUGACGCUGGCUCAACCAGAGAGCAUUCGCAGCGACCUGGAGACAUCCGAUACACAGUCGGAUGACAUCGCCGAGCUCACUUCAGAGGACUGCGACUCCGUUCAUCCCCCUCCUCAGCCCACCUGUCGAGCUCUGAACUCCUCCGAUGGUAUGCACUGCCCCGAUAAUGUCAUCCUUUAUGUGUGAAAAGAACCAAGAGCUUUGACUAUUUGUAUUAUUUAGCUGUUUUUUAAUCAUUGAAAUACGGGCAAUGUGGUGGCAUGGGUCUUUCUUGCCAACAAUGCUCUACCUCUAUGAUGUAUACUGUUAGUAAUUCAUAAGGUUAAUUGUAUACCAACUGGUGCAAAUUAUGCCUUGGCUAUUAAAGCAAAAAGAUACAGUGUUGCCACAAUUAUUCAUGGGACAAAAUGGGAAAAAAUGCUAGAAAGGGAAAUCAAGCACACAUCACUAGUAUGUAAAGAAUUGUUAUUAAUUGACUAUAUUGGCUGUACAUGUUGGAGUAUAUUUGUAUGUAUAUUUUUAUUUUUUAAAAAUCAACCUAAAGAGUGUGGAAUUUGCUGUAUGCAUGUAUAUGCAUGAAACACACUUGUAUACAAGGUUAUUAGUAUGUAGUCGUUUCCCUGACCAAGUUUGCACAGUGAGAAGAUGUAAAUGGACUACAAUGGAGUCUCACCUGCACAGAGAAUGUUCACUGGAGUUUACUGGUGGAAAAUCUUGUUACAAUUUAAUUGUUCCACCUUUGUUGUUUUUAGAGACAUCACUCCUGAUCUUGGUCCCUUUCACCCCCUUCUUUUGAAUAUCUUACUCACUGACAACACUAUGUCUGUUCGUGUUUACUGCUGGGGGUAUAAGUGUGUGUGUGCACGUGUGUGUGUGUGUGGUGCACAUGCUAUUUGUACCUUUUUAUUAAAUCACAAUCACAAGUGUUGACAGUGAGACUGGCCAAAAGAGCACUUUUCUUCGGUAAUGAAACUGUAUUAUAAUGGAUUUGUGGUAUUAAAGCAGUUCAGAGUAAUAAAUUAAAUUAAAUUAAUCAUUUUCUUGCACUUUA